GAUCACUACGCUGUAGCUGAUUGGCUAGGUAUUGCUCCACACUCAUCCGUCAGGAAAGUGAACGUUCGACAACAUGGGGCUGCUAACUAUCCUGAAGAAGAUGAAACAGAAGGAGCGGGAGGUGCGGCUGCUCAUGCUUGGCUUAGAUAACGCUGGCAAAACCACGAUCCUGAAGAAAUUUAAUGGUGAAGAUAUAAACACAAUCUCUCCGACUCUGGGAUUCAACAUCAAAACUUUGGAACACCGAGGGUUCAAACUGAAUAUGUGGGAUGUUGGCGGCCAGAAGUCCUUGCGAUCAUAUUGGAGGAAUUACUUUGAGAGCACAGAUGGUCUCAUUUGGGUCGUAGACAGCGCAGACCGCGCUCGCUUACAAGACUGUGCUCAAGAACUAUCCGGGCUCUUGUUGGAAGAGAGGUUGUCUGGAGCAACAUUAUUGGUGUUUGCCAAUAAACAAGAUUUACCUGGUGCACUGUCCAAAGAUGCGAUCCGAGAGGCGUUGGAGUUGGAUAACAUCAAGACACAUCACUGGUGCUUACAAGGGUGCAGUGCAGUGACUGGAGAAAACCUCCUCAUAGGGAUAGACUGGUUACUGGACGAUAUCUCCUCUCGUAUUUUUACAGCAGACUGAUCAAUACUGGAUAGAGGACAUGAUGGAAAAAGGAGAAGAUAUGGCCUUAUUAUUUAUUACCUUUUUAUUUAACUGAUAAUGUCUAACGCAUCCACAGGAGACGUCAUGUAAUGACCACCGCGUCAUGAGGCAGAAGUUGUCAUUCAGAUGACUGGAUUUUGAGAAAUCAAAGCUCUUAAAGGGGUAUUCCCAUCUCAGACAGCGAUAUGCCCCCAUUGUCUCAUAGGUGCGGGUCCCACCGCUGGGACCCGCACCUACGAGAACGAGGCGGGGAGCGCUGUGGCUGGAGGACCCCU